CAUUGCCUUAACAUCCUUCUAGUGUCUUCAACACCCCAUCGUAAUUUACGUCAAACCACCACCACCAUCGCCGUCGUACUAUAUCAUCAAUGGCGCCAGUAACAACCGAACAAGACUACGAUCGUCUUACAGAAGUCAAACAAUUCGACGAAUCAAAAAUCGGCGUAAAAGGGUUGCUAGAUUCCGGCAUCACCACCAUUCCCCGCUUCUUCCACCACCCACCGGAGAAUCUCCCCGGUCCAAAACCCAAAAACCGGCCUCGAUUAACCGUUCCGGUCAUUGACUUAUCCGGCGACCGGUCAACGGUGGUUGAACAAAUCCGGCAAUCGGCUUCCACGCUUGGGUUUUUCCAGAUUGUUAAUCACAGAAUUCCGGAAAGGGUAAUUGAAUCAGCAGUUGGUUCGAUUAAAGAGUUUUUUGAGCAACCCACUGAGUAUAAGAUGCGGUUUUAUCACCGGGAGGCUGAUAAAGGAGCUGCUUAUUCUACUAAUUUUGACUUGUAUCUGUCUAAAGCUGCCUGCUGGCGAGAUACUUUGCAGGUAGUGAGGGUGUCACCCGUGGAGUUGGACUGGAAUGCGGUGCCGGAGAUAUGUAGGGUGGCGCUGGCGGAAUGGGACAAGGCGGUGGUGGGGUUAGGUGAAGAGUUGAUGUCGAUUUUAUGUGACGGAUUGGGGGUUAAAAGUGAGAAGUUGAAGGAACUGUCGUGUUUGGAAGGGAGGGCGUGUGUGUCCCAUUAUUACCCACCGUGUCCUCAGCCGGAGCUCACGGUGGGCAUAGCCUCCCACACCGACCCGGGGGUGCUGACCGUAUUGGUCCAGAAUGAAGUGGGCGGGUUGUUGCAGGUCAAGUGUGGUGAUGACUGGGCUGAUGUUGAGGCGGUUCAUGGUGCUAUUAUUAUCAAUAUAGGUGAUAUGCUUCAGAUAAUGUCAAACGAUGAAUACAAAAGUGUGGAGCAUCGGGUAUUAGCAAACCCUGCUCAACGCGCGCGUGUUUCCAUUGCGGUAUUUUUCAAUGCAAGCAACCGAGAUAAACUAUACGGCCCAUUCCCAGAGCUCAUAUCUACCACGAAACCCGCGGUUUACCAGGAAUUCAAAUAUGAUGACUACAUGAGAAGGUUUUUCACCAAGGAACUCGGGAAUACAUUGACCAAUUUCUACAAAAUCGAUAACACAAAGGCAUGAUGUUUGGUAAUUAUACGAAUACUUGUUUCGUUUGAUGUAAAAAUAUGUUGUGUUUGAAAUUGCAUAAGGAAUAAAAGAUGAUGAAAAUCUUUACAAUGCAAAAUAGGGUGUCGUUGUGUCGGGUCGAACAGGUAGCGGUCCGGUCCAGACUAAACUAAAUCGUGGCACUUUGGCUUUUUGGUGCGCUAAUUAUAAGUCGAUCGAUCCAUGUAGUAAAAAACACUA